AUGUGCACCAUGGAGAUGUCGGCCCUAUGGAAGAAGGCCCUUAUGGAGCACGAUGUGACCGUGGUGAACACCUUCCUUCAGAUUUCCGAGGCCUGCCCACGCCAGCGCCGACAGCGAUCGCGGACUGUGCCUGCGACAACAGAAGAUGAGUUCGAGGAGUUCCCUGAAAUCGUAGAACCAGUCUGUGGAGGUUCUGAGAGUGGUUCAUUCUCAGACGGCUUCGCCCGGCAAAAGUCGGAGAAAGAGGUGAUUGAAGGGCCUUGGCUUCCCUCGAAGGCUGCCUCGGCUUCCACGCCACGCUUGUUGCACUCCGCGACCCCGGACCUGUGGGAGUGGGAUGCGAUGCUCUGUGAUCUUCAGAUGCAAGACGAUGUCGCCCCGCAAAAGUCCGAGAAAGAGGCGAUUGAGCACUGUUCCGAGCCUGGCGAGCUGAUGGUGAGGAGCAUCCGAAAGCUGCAGUCACUCCGCACACUGAAUCGUUUCGAUGUGCCGGACCUCUGGGAGCUGGAGACAAUCUGCCAAGGCCUCGACGAGUCACCCGAAGAGCCAUGGCUGCCCUCGAAGGCUUCCUCCACUUCCACGCCACGAUUGGUGCAUUCUGCGACCCCCGACCCAUGGGAAUGGGAUGCGCUUUUGCUUGCAACUCUGGCACCGACGCCAGCACAGUGUGACUGCAAGAGCUCGCCCAAUCCUACCUCGACCACAGAGAAGUUCUCGAGCAUCGAGCCGGGGACUCUUGAGACAAUGCAGCUCUCAGAGGACCGCGUUCUCGUGAGGUGGUGUGUGGACGCUGCCAAGUUUGGUUCGAAUUGUGCGCGGCUUUUGAGCCCAGACUUUCACCUGCACUUCCCGGGUCAGCCAGAGCCCCUUACUUUCCGGAUGUUGGUCGCUGGCAAAAAUGCUGGCUUCAAGAAGUCGAGGGCCAGGUGCAGCAUCGAACUCAAGUGCUCGUCUCAGGUGCCUGUCGGUGCGGGCAGCGUCACUGCUUGCGUCUCUAUUGGUGAAGGAGCACGAAAGCAAAUUGGUGCAAAGCCAAUCGAGCACAACUUCGGUGACAAGACAUGUUGCCAGCUGCGGAACGGGGAGGACGUGAAUUGGGACUUCAAGCGCUCCAUCGGUGAUGCCAACAGCUGUGAGAUCGCAGUGGAGAUUCAGCUUUGA